UUCAUACAGUGGAAUCGAACUAUUGAAUGAUUAUCGGAUUCUCAAUUUAACUGGGUUCCGGAAAGCGUUGAAGAAGUCCCAGAAAGUGACCCGUAUUCCCGCACAGCAGCCCUACAUGACUGAGAAAGUUGACAACUGCGCAUUUGCAUCAGAGACGAAGAUGCUUGAAAUGAUCUCCAACAUCGAAUCUUUAUAUGCUUUGCAUUUCACUGAUGGUGAUAAGAAAGUUGCACGAGAGAGACUUCGAGACACGAUGCAGGGAAACCCCCAACACACUCGAUCCUUCCGGUCCGGAUUAUACACCGGACUGGGCAUUGCUGCGCUUUCUCGCGUGAUAUUCCUAAGCUUCCAAGAGGAGACUCGGGAAGCAAUCCCUGCUUGGGCUGCGCUCUUACAGCUUGAUGUCCGGACAAUGAUCGAUCCUCGUCAAUACGUCGAGAUACCCUCAUUUGCAUUCCUUACGUUAUCCUACUGUACUCCCUGUUUUUAUCCGCUUAAUAUUUGCCAUUUGCUCAUACUUGCGCGAUAGUCUGGCUUGGAUUCACGAUUUGUUUUGUUCUGAACCCGUUGCCUAUGUUCGCAAGAUCAUCAAGGUAUUGGUUUUUGAAGAAAUUCUUGACAUUGUUCGACUCUGGUCUCGUCC